GGAAGAGCCUCAGUGCGCAUGUGCAGCAGCGUCACGGGAGGAAGAAACAACAUGGCGCUGGUUCCUUACGUAGAGAACUCCUCGCCUCUCCUGUCGAAGCUCCACAGCGCGUCCGCCCAGUUCGAGUUCAACUCCCAUCGCGUCACUGUGUCUCAGGACUGGAGGAGACAUGGCGUCGCUGCCGUGCUGUGGGACGCGGCCGUGGUCCUGUCCGUGUACAUGGAGCUGGGGGAGCUGCAGCUGAAGGGCAAGCGGGUGAUUGAACUGGGAGCUGGAACUGGGCUCGUGGGGAUCGUAGCUGCUUUACUGGGAGCUGAAGUGACCAUCACUGACCGAGCGUCGGCCCUGGACCUCCUCUCCACCAACGUGAAGUCCAACCUGCCUCCAGACUGCGAGGGCUCGGCGACGGUGUCCGAGCUGACCUGGGGCCAGGGCCUGGACCGGUACCCCGCCGGGGGAUUCGACCUGGUGCUGGGGGCGGACAUCGUUUACCUGGAGGACACGUUCGUGCCGCUGCUGCAGACGCUGGAGCACCUGAGCUCGGACGCCACCGCGGUGCUGCUGGCCUGCAAGAUCCGCUACGAGCGGGACAGGAACUUCCUGAGCAUGCUGAAGGAGCGCUUCAGGGUGGAGGAGGUGCACUACGACCGGCAGAGAGACAUCCACAUCUACAAAGCCUGGAAGCUGCAGGAGCCCCGGGCGGAUUUAUGAGAAAUAAAACAGGACAUUUUACCAGAAACACAUUUAUUACCAGCUGCCAAAAAUGUAAUAUUUGAAUAGCUCUGACAUAAUGCACUGUAUCAUACAAGUUGGUGCUGACAUUUAGAAACUGUGUAUACAAAAAUCCAAAAGCAACAUAAAAAAAGCAUAUUACUGUCAUGACUAUACAUAAUACCUAAAAGAA